AAGUGCACCACGAAAAGCUCAGUCGCUCGCGAGCUGCGUUCGAGUGCACAUCUCUGUUCUGUGCGAGUGCCAUGCGUGUCUCGUCCCGACAUGUGACUCCUCCGCAUCCGUGAGGCUGCCUGAUAUCUUCUUCUUCUUCUUCUUCCCUCUCCUCCUCCUCCUCUUCCUUCUCUUCCUCCUUUUCUUUCUCUCUUCGCGUCUUUUCUCUGAUUUUCUCUCUUCACGGUGAAACACGCGUGCGUACGGUGGUGAGAUGAGGUGAACGCGCGCGUUGUUACGCAGGAAUUCAAAAUAAGGGUGCCUUCCCACGCAUCGAAAAUGCACCACUUGACGGUGGUGAUAACAGCGGUAGCGAUCCUCGCGCCGGUCGCUGGCAAUCCCUUCCUCAACGCAGCGCAAGAGAUGUCCUGCUGCUCGCUGGCUGCUGGGUCCUGUCGGAAUGUGUGCUCCAAGAUUUCCUUGGUAGUCUUGGGUGCCGAGAUCGAAGCGAGGGAAAACGCCACUCAACGUCUGCUGGAGUUUUGUUCCAUGGAGCUGUUGGAUUUUUGGUCUUGCGUGAACACGACAUUAAAUGAGCUCAAAAGGAACGAGGAUUGGACGGGUCGAGGAUGUUGCCGUCUCGCUCAAAAUCCAACGUGUCGCACGACUUGCGCUCUGUCUGGUUCCAUAAAUGAUCUGAACGAAUCCUGCCGACCGAGCGACGAACCCGAGUUUUUCUUCUGCCUGGAAAAGCGCGAGGAGUCCGAACGAUGCUGCAGUAACGUUUCCAAUGACACAUGCAGGGCUAUCUGCAAGGAUAUUUUUUAUAAGCCUGGCAAACAAUCUAAUUUGAAGCUGUACAGCAGCAAGGGUUGCUUCCAUCAAAUCCCCAAGUGUCUGAAAAGUAUAGCUGAGGUGAAACACACCGAGGAUCCGAAGCAGCAUUUGCACUGUUGCGACGAAGCCACGACUGCGACGUGCUUGGAUACGUGUCGCAGUAUUCUCCACACUGCGACGACCGACCAGGAGAUCAUGGAUGCUCUAGCGGAGAAAUGCAGUCCCGUGUUACCUCAGUCACCGAUGUGGAGCUGCUUACUAAAAUCGGGCUCGACGAAACCGACGCGAUUACCCUUGAACGCUGGCAAAUUGGCGUGUUGUACGAAAGCGACAAGGCCUUUCUGUCAGAAUUUAUGCUGGCGAGCCUUUCAGGCAGACUGGGAGACCGCUUGGGUACAAUUAGACGCACAGUGUCUCUCGUCCAAUUCAGAAGGAGAACUGAGGAGGUGUCUGGAAGAUGCGGACGACUCUUGCGAGAUAGGCUGUUCCGGGUUGUCUUACUGUGCGCGGUUUAACGAUAGACCUACGACUUUGUUUAGAACGUGCACGACUGCGGCUGACGAAGCAGCCAAAUGGGAGGCCGAUCACUGGUCCAGAGGAAGCAUUAUUCGUGGAUUAGGUGUGCCCGUACGCGUCGCCGCUUCCUGUCCAGCGGAGACUCUUCGCGCGGCGGCUUGUCUUCUACAGCUGCGACCUUGCGAGACAAGAAUCCACGAGACGCGACUUUGUCGCGAGGAUUGUUUAGAAUUGAUGGCGAGUUGUGUGGACUGGAGCUCAAUCACCGGAUCCCACACAGCGGCUACUUUGUGCGCCAAACUAUCACCGGGUAGACCGGACGCUCCAUGCGUCUCGUUAGGGCCGUUCCUGGAUAAUUCACAGAAUGACGAAGCUGUGAUUCAUCCUGAUGAGGACAUCACGACGCCAUGCAAGCGGAAUCCUUGUCCACAGGGUCAGCUCUGUGUGGUCCAACCGAACGGCGCUAAGAUUUAUCGUUGCGUGCCGGCUUGUUCUCUCGGCGAGAUGUCGAAACAAUUGGUGCCGGUCGGAUCUUGGAUCCAGAUCCCUCGGUUUGAUCAGCAGGGUUGCCUGAAGAUCUGCCAAUGCACGACGCGCGGCCUGGAGAAGUGUCGCACGCUCAAUUGCUUCAACUUCAAAUCCUGCUGGGUGCACGAUCGGUUUAUCCAACACAAAAGCCACUUCUACCUCGAUUGUAAUUCCUGCCACUGUUUCGAAGGCGAGUUUACGUGCUCCAAGAGGAGCUGUGACGAGCUGCGAAUGUUAUCUUUGCCCUGCGAUUGUCCGGCUCAUUAUGUCCCAGUUUGCGGCAGACUAGGUUUCACCUUCGCGUCCGCCUGCCUAGCGAAUUGCGCCGGGUUGUCGACCACUGAGGUGGAGUUCGGUAGCUGCUCUAGCAGGGAUCCCUGCAUACCUAAUCAUUGCGACAGCUCAGAGAGAUGCGUCCGUAGACCUAGAGUUUGCUUGACUGCUUUGCACAAACCAUGCCGGCAAUACGAAUGCGUGCCGAUAGAUUGCAAUCCGCGUGAUGAAUCCAGUGGACCGGUUUGCGAUCAAGAGAAUCGCCAGUAUCCUUCUGUGUGUGCGAUGAUCCGAGCUGGAGCCACACUAAGUUACAGAGGACCUUGUCUAAAAGGAUGCAGUCUUCGGAAUCAGGUGUGUGGCAUCAACGGCGAAGUCUACACUAACGAAUGCGCGGCUUGGGCCGACAAGGUCGUCGUAGACUACGAAGGUCCUUGUGUCGCCGUUGGUCUCAUAGCCGAUGAAACGAAACCUCGCUGCGGUGAUACCGUACAGUGUCCUCCCUUAAAGGAGCCGUAUUGCAUUGGGGUCACCCCUCCUGGUGCUUGUUGUCCUAUUUGUGGAGGAGCGGCAAGAUUGUUCUACUCGAAGAAACAGGUGGACAGGAUCUACUAUAUGAUGGAUGAGGAAACUGAUAAGGACUCCGUCACUCUAGAAGCUCUCUUGGUCGCUCUAGGUCGCCAACUGCAAGUAGCGCAAUGCGCUCUUCGUGGCAUGAUGACACCCGAUCGCGAUAUCUUCAUAGUCGUACAGCCCAUCACCAAGAAGCCAUCGAUGCUGCAAUUGCGAGCUUGCGUGACGGAAACGGAGAAGCUCGUCACUAGGAUUUCGGAGAGGAGUCCUCUAAUCGCAGCGGAAGUACCUCUGGGUUCACUGAGCAGAGCCGAGAUAGCCCACAGUUAUAUUUCUAAUGCUACGAAUAUUCGUGCUUGGCUCGCGAUAGUUGCCGUUACCAUCUUCUUGCUAAACGUUUUAUCCUGAGUUACAAUCAAGCCAAAAGGAAAAUAAGAUACAUCGCUCUUAUUCUGUCAAAUCCAAAGUAAAUAGUGUAUAAAGUACAUUUUAAUUUUUAAUGAAUCGCGUAAGAUAUCCGAGAUUUAUUAUCGUCAAGGAUAGAUGCAGCUAUGAGCGAUUAAUCUUAUUUUCUGCUUUGUUGAAAGUAUUUCUUUACAGUUUACCUAAUCGCGAUGCAUUCGCGGCGACGAAUGUCUACAGCGUGUCUCGUGUCUGUGAUUCUUCUAGUGCCUUCUAAUAGCGUACAGCAGAAUGUAUUUUUAGUUAUCAAUUAAUAUUGCCAAAGAGGAAAGAGUAUACAUAAUGAGAGUGUAUGUACAAAAAUAUACGAUUUCCUGCGCGUGUAAUCCGUUAUUUCGUCGCAGAUAAUCAAGAACUGCUCAUUAUAAAUUAAAUAAUUAAAAAGAUUCCGUAAAUUUAAGUUAACAUAUAUCGCGUAUUGAUUGACAUUAGUAUAUCGUGUGUUCACUUAUGUGAUUUUUAUACAAAAAGCUCGAAGAAGUAUAUCAUUCAAAGAAAUAAUCUCAUUCUU